AUGACUUUAGCCGUAAGACAAUCAGCUUAUAAUGUGUUUUGCUCAGAAAAGCGUGCAGAAUUGCACGUUCAAUAUCCUCAGAAGAACUUUGGCGAGCUUGCAAAAAUUAUUGGUAAGCUUUGGAAGAAACUCACACCAGAAGAGAAACAACAAUACGAAGCUAAAGCAGCAGUUGUAAAAGAGGAAUUAAAGAUUGCACGUCAGCAAGAAGAGGAAGAAAAAAAGAACAAAAUUGAUGAAAAACCAGAUGAUUAUAUUUCUGAUACAUAUAGUGACUAA